AUGGAGGUUGACCGAUUUAACAAAUUUUAUGCUGGAAAAUUCACUAGAACCCUUCUCGUGGGAACUAAAAAUUAUGAAAACAAAACAAGACAAGAGAAGCUGAUAGACAAGCUCAAACUUAGAGCUCAGCAGAGGGGGCAUCUUUACUCAAACUUCAAGAAAUAUAAUGAAGAGAAAGAACAGAAGAUGAACCGAAGAGUAAAUCUUCAUAGAAAAUAAGAAGGCAAGGGUAAACACCGCAGACACUGCUUUAAUACUCCCCCAAAUUCCUAACACAGUGACCCAACUUGGGAUCCCAGCAUCAGAUUCUGAUCUAAAAGAAACCCGGAAAAAGUAUCGCCAAAGAAGGAUAGAAAAUGAAAAAUUUAAUAAUCUGAUUCACAGGAGACUUCCUUCCCAAAUUCAGAAUACCACACAUCUUGCUGAAUUUGAAAUGUUAUCAAAAUCAAAAAGUAGGGAAGGCCUAUACAGUUUCCAGCCCCAGUACAGAUCAAAGAUAGCUCUUCAGCUAAAGUUUACACCCAAGCAGUUGUUCCUCUAGUAAAUUUUAUAGAUUUUGUUGUUUUCAAAAAUCUUAUUU